CCUAGCUGGAGUGACGUGGGCAGCUGCACGGCUGAAAUGUAAGUGAGCAGUCUGCUCCGGAUCCAAGAAAAGGCUUUCUGAGGGAAUUAACAGCUUUGGAAGUGACCCCACUGGCUUGUGGACACCUGGACAGGAGGGUUAAAUACCGUCUGAGUGGCAAUCCUAGCCCAUGAAGUUAUUCUUUUCAUGCCUCAGUUGUCUUACCCCCUGUUCAUGAUUACAACACUUCCACCCCAUGCCCGUUGAUUAGACCCAGCUGCUAAGGAUCCGGUACCCCCUUAUAUUAAGCCUUCUUGGCCAGGGAUAUCAUGGAGGGCGAUACAAUGGAGGUUGUAUCAGACGAGGAAGCAAUGCCCUCCACUUCACAGGAGCAUAUCACCGCCACAGAGGCCCCUGAGGAGGAGGAGGCGGAGAAAAAUGAUCCCCCCUUUCAGCUCAAGCUGCCUCCUAAGGCUUCCAGACCUGAGAAGGAAAUUGAUCCAGAAUAUGAAGAAAAGAUGAAAACAGAUCGCUCCAAAAGAUUUGAAUUCCUCCUAAAACAAACAGAGCUAUUUGCACAUUUUAUCCAACCAACAGCUCAGAAGUCUCCAACAUCUCCCUUGAAAGUGAAAUUAGGACGCCCAAAGUUAAAGAAAGAUGAGAAACAGAAUUUACUAUCAGCCGGAGACUAUCGCCACCGACGCACAGAACAAGAAGAAGAUGAAGAACUGCUAUCCGAAAGCCGAAAAACAGCCAAUGUCUGUGUGCGGUUUGAAGAGUCACCUUCUUAUAUAAAGGGAGGGACUCUCAGAGAUUACCAGGUUAGAGGGCUGAACUGGAUGAUUUCUCUGUAUGAGAAUGGCAUCAAUGGCAUAUUGGCAGAUGAGAUGGGUCUGGGAAAAACUCUCCAAACGAUUGCCUUGUUGGGCUACCUUAAACAUUAUAGAAACAUUCCUGGUCCUCAUAUGGUUUUGGUUCCUAAAUCUACUCUACACAACUGGAUGAAUGAAUUUAAACGCUGGAUUCCGUCACUUUGUGCAGUCUGCCUUAUUGGUGACAAAAAUGUUCGGGCUGCUUUCAUACGUGAUGUGAUGAUGCCAGGCGAGUGGGAUGUUUGUGUUACUUCCUACGAAAUGGUCAUAAAAGAAAAAUCUGUAUUCAAGAAGUUCAACUGGAGGUACCUCGUGAUUGACGAAGCACACAGAAUUAAGAACGAAAAAUCAAAGUUAUCAGAAAUAGUUCGUGAAUUUAAGACCACAAACCGGUUACUGCUCACUGGCACUCCCCUCCAGAAUAACCUCCACGAGUUAUGGGCAUUACUUAAUUUCCUUCUUCCUGAUGUGUUUAAUUCAGCAGACGAUUUCGACUCUUGGUUUGAUACAAACAAUUGUCUUGGUGAUCAAAAGCUUGUUGAAAGGCUUCAUGCUGUUUUAAAGCCAUUUCUUUUAAGGCGCAUAAAAGCUGAAGUAGAAAAAAGUCUUCCCCCAAAAAAGGAAGUCAAAAUUUACUUGGGACUUGGUAAAAUGCAGAGAGAAUGGUAUACAAAAAUUUUAAUGAAGGAUAUAGAUAUUCUAAACUCGGCAGGGAAGAUGGAUAAGAUGAGACUACUCAACAUCCUGAUGCAAUUGCGCAAAUGUUGCAACCAUCCCUAUUUAUUUGACGGUGCUGAGCCUGGACCUCCGUACACCACAGACACUCAUCUUGUGUACAAUAGUGGUAAAAUGGUGGUUUUGGACAAGUUACUAUCAAAGCUUAAAGAACAAGGUUCUAGAGUCCUGAUUUUCAGCCAGAUGACUAGAUUGCUUGACAUUCUGGAAGAUUACUGCAUGUGGCGUGGAUAUGAGUACUGUCGACUAGAUGGACAGACACCACAUGAACAAAGAGAGGUUGCAAUAGAGACUUUUAAUAGUCCUAAUAGCAGCAAAUUCAUCUUCAUGCUGAGUACCCGUGCAGGAGGCCUUGGAAUAAAUCUGGCUACUGCAGAUGUUGUCAUCAUAUACGACUCAGACUGGAACCCACAAGUGGACUUACAAGCCAUGGAUCGCGCACAUCGAAUCGGCCAGAAAAAGACAGUACGUGUAUUCCGUCUCAUUACGGAUAAUACUGUGGAAGAAAGGAUAGUAGAAAGAGCUGAGCUUAAACUAAGGCUUGAUUCUAUAGUCAUACAGCAAGGAAGGCUAAUAGACCAGCAGUCAAACAAACUAGCAAAAGAUGAAAUGCUCCAGAUGAUACGUCAUGGAGCCACUCAUGUGUUUGCUUCAAAGGAUAGUGAACUGACUGAUGAAGAUAUAACCACGAUUUUGGAAAGAGGGGAAAAAAAGACUGCUGAAAUGGCAGAACGUUUACAAAAAAUGGGAGAGAGCUCUCUACGAAACUUCUCUGUGGACACAGAAACGAGUUUAUAUAACUUUGAAGGAGAAGAUUAUCGAGAAAAGCAAAAGCUGAGCAUGAUGGAGUGGAUAGAGCCCCCUAAACGAGAGCGUAAAGCCAAUUAUGCAGUGGAUGCAUAUUUCAGGGAUGCUUUGCGUGUUAGUGAACCUAGAGCGCCUAAGGCACCAAGGCCACCAAAGCAGCCCAACAUUCAAGAUUUUCAGUUUUUCCCACCAAGAUUGUUUGAGCUGUUGGAAAAAGAGAUUCUUUAUUACAGGAAGACAAUUGGAUAUAAGGUCCCAAGAAGCUCAGAUCUCCCAAAUGCAUCUCAGAUACAAAAAGAAGAGCAGAGAAAGAUUGAUGAAGCAGAGCCUCUCUGUUCUGAAGAGUCAGAAGAGAAGGAGAAACUUCUUACACAGGGCUUCACAAAUUGGAACAAACGAGACUUUAAUCAGUUUAUUAAAGCCAAUGAGAAGUAUGGUCGCGAUGAUAUUGAUAACAUUGCAAGAGAGGUGGAAGGAAAGACACCAGAAGAUGUUAUGGAUUACUCAGGAGUGUUUUGGGAACGCUGUAACGAACUUCAAGACAUUGAAAAGAUCAUGGCUCAGAUAGAGCGUGGCGAAGCAAGGAUUCAAAGAAGGAUCAGUAUCAAGAAAGCCUUGGAUGCCAAAAUUGCAAGGUACAAAGCUCCUUUUCACCAGCUGAGAAUCCAGUAUGGCACAAACAAAGGCAAAAACUACACAGAAGAAGAAGACAGGUUUCUAAUUUGUAUGCUUCAUAAAAUGGGCUUUGAUAAGGAAAAUGUAUACGAGGAAUUGCGUCAGUGUGUGCGAAAUGCUCCUCAGUUUCGAUUUGAUUGGUUCAUCAAGUCAAGGACUGCAAUGGAGCUGCAAAGACGCUGCAAUACUCUCAUAUCACUGAUAGAGAAGGAAAACCUAGAGAUUGAAGAGAAAGAAAGAGCAGAGAAAAAGAAACGAGCACCAAAGCCACAGCCGUCUAAAAGAAAAGCAGAAGCAGUUCCUGAAGGUUCCGGGAAAAAGGAUGCCAAGAAAGCAAAAUCCUAGUACCGAAUGUACCGUAGGUUAUUUGUUGGGUACAAACAGCCAUUUUAAUCUCUUGACAUAUAACGAUGCACAUUCAAGGUCUAUUGCUACUCUCUGUGCAUUAACAGCCAGAACACGUUUACUUUUUGGCAGAAUUUGUAUAUUUUAUGCUUUUAUGUAUCUAGAAAAUGUGUAGUAUUUUCAGCUUUUCCGUAGUUACAUGUAUUGUAUUUUGUGAUUUUCAUGUUUAACCAGUGCAGAGGGUUUUAGCUUUUGUAUGUUUUAUACUGUAUGCUGCCGCUGCUGUCGCUGCUUUGAAAUAAAAAGUAAAUCUCUCUACCGUCA